CAUCUCUCUCUCUCUCUCUCAAAUCUUUGGUUCAAAUCCACCGGCGUAUAAACUUCUCCGUUGACCCAUUUCGAUUUUCAGGCAAUCUUUUUUAUCUAACAACUCCAAUGGAAACCCCAUCAUUAACAAGAAGAGUUACAAGAUCACAAACCAUGGCUGAUGAAAACACCAACAACAACAUACCCAUAUCAAGAAAGAUUGAAGAUUCUGAAAAGGGUGUUUCAAAAUCAAGACAGAGAACUGGGAAGCAACAAGAAAAGUCUGUGCUUAUUGAUAUCACUAAUGAUUCACCGAUUGUUGGGCUUGCAAUGGGAAGUUUGAAGACUCCAUCAUCGUCUUCAACUCUGUCCAAGAAGAGGAUCAACAAUAGCCAAGCCAAGAACAACAAGAUUACUGGUACUCCUGGUUCAGGGGAGGCCUUGUUGAGGGGACAAGUCAAGACCCUCUUGCAGAAAGUGGAAGAAGAGGCCGAGCUUUCGAAACUUUCAUUGGAACACAGGUCUUUCCUUCAUCUCCAAGGCUUCAUCAACUCUCCAGCGGGGCUUCUUGCCCCUACUCCGGCCAACACACCCCAAAUUCUGAGCCUCUCAGGGAAGGAAAGCUUCAAAAACAGUUGCUUGGCUUCCGUUUUGCCUUCGCUGGUUCAAGAACAGUUCAUGAUUUCUCAGAUGGUUGUUGAGAGUCCUGAAUCUGAAAAGAGCUUGAUAACAAGGUCUUUACUCAUGGACUUCUCCGAGAAAUCAGAAGGUUCUGAUUCAUCUGAGCGUUCUUCUGUUCUGACAAAUGAAGGAGGAAUUCCAGAGAGUGAUGGCAAGGAGAAGACAUCUAUGGAGGAUGACGACGUUUCUGUGUGGUCCAUUCAGGUGAAUGCAAGUACCAAAGAUGAUUAUGAAGAAGAAGACGGCAUUGAAGAAGACGAUGAGAAUGGUGAUUAUGAAGGAGAGGAGGAGGAGGAAGCGGAUGAUGAUGGAGGGUUGGUUGAUGCACUAUGUGAAGGGAUAAGGAAGAUUAAUGUGAAUCGAGAGAAGACAAUGCCCAAAUUUAGUGGGAGGCACACCCGAUUUGUGUACAACAGUAAUGAUGAGCUUGAAGGAGAAGAAGAAUGUUGUGGUGAGGAGGGCGAAGUAUGUCUUUCGCCGGGCAUUUUGCAGUUGAAGGGCUUGCCAACACCAAAAGGGAAGCACUUGCGAUUCCAUGAGGAGUUGGAAGAUGAAGAUAACUGAGUUUCUUGAUAUACAAAAUGUUGGUUUCGUGGCUUUGAUCUUUAUUUUUGUUUGUUUUUGAUAUGUUUUUUACCAAUUCUUAUGUCAAUUGGGGAUAUUGGAAAGAAGCUUACUAGCUCGGUUUCUGAUUGUUGUUUCAAAAGAUCCAAUAGGUGUAUAUAUAUUGGAUCGUCUGAGGCAAUUAUGGAUUAUGGGAGGCAAUUCUAAUUGGUCAUUCUUUUUUAAACCAAUCAAUGAUUGGUUUGGAUUUGUAUCAGCCGUUCAACAAAGAUAACUAGACUGGAUUACUUAUUAUGCUUGGAUUGCCUAUCAUGUAAAUAAAUCUUUUGGAUAACAUGUUCUUUUUUUUUCUUCUGUA